ACAACGAGAACACAUUGCGAUCGAGCGUUUACAUUCAAUCGGCACCCGGCACCCGGCUACGCUGCCCCUCAUCAGUCCUCAUGAGGCCUCUGCUAUAGUUUUCCACAACAAAGCCUGACCGAAGCGGGCCACAAUCAGAUCAUCAGUUACUCGGCGUCCGCAACCAUGGGUGUCUGCGCAUCAUGCCUCGGUAACAACCGCAGCGAGCAAUUCGAGGAGGACGACGAAUCUCGACUGCUGAACGAUGAUAUCAACAGCAUGCACUAUGGAAGCUUCGGACAGCAGCAAUUGACUGGACAGGAGGAUCCUCUCGAAACGCAAAGGGAAAUUGAGGCUUUGCAGAGGGUUGUGGCCAGAACCUCUGACAACAUGGUCGACAUUUUCGAAAUCACUCCACAAGACACACGCGCGGCGCCGAAGCAGUAUGAUGUUGAAGGAGAGGAAGACCCCAAGAUGGCGCGAUAUCAGAAUCUGCUCUCAAAACUCUCUGAGGACGCAGCUCAGCAGCCGCUAAGCCUGAGCAGCACAGCAAGCACCAAAGUUGACUGGGUACCGUGGGAUGAAGACAAUAUCGAGAUGCACAAUGGUGCCAUUGUGCCGCCGCUCAAGAUUGAGGCUGCAGAACCAUUUGUUGGCACGUUUGCCGACGCCGCUGCUGUUGCUGCUGCAAGAUAGCGGAGCGAUCGAUCGGAUUUUUCUUUAUUUUUUUCAUCUUUUCUUUUGAGAAAAGAAACUACAACAAAAACCGAACUGGUUUUGGGCACAUAGAUUUGUGAUGCCCAUACAUGCGGCGGAAAAAAAAGUAUCACCCUACCCUACACGGCUUGACGGCUCAUGAAGCAACGCAAGGCCACGCCACAAACGAUCUCCACCUCACCCGGCCUCGCAAUUCAAUCCCAUCAAUCUUGCUGUGGAAUUUGCGUUGCUAGCCGCCUACCUGGCCCCCAUGAACCCGAUUCGCAAGGAUUGCCCUGCUUCAGCCAACAGCCCAUCCCCUGCUCGAACUGACGAACCACAUUCUUGGCACCUGUUCCCUGUCUGUCACCGACGACACGCGAUCGCAUCAGAGGCACCCAAAGUCUUGUUUUCUAUGUAUAUCCAAGGAAGCGUCAUUCAACCAGGCCUCACUUUAUGCAGUUGCAUCACCGCCCGGCUUGGAAAUCGUUCUGCAAGAUCGACAUCCGAGAUUCAAAGUGACUUUUGUCAUUUGGCCGAUACCCACACAUACCCUACCCAUGGCGACCAGGCAUGGCUCUUGAAGUGAAUUCGGCAUUGAAAAAAGGGUUUGUUGCUCAUCAAGUCACAGGAGAUGUUUGGAUGAAGGUGCACCAUUGAAUUUGUUAUUUUCACGAAAACAUUACCACCAUAUUUCCUUUGUGUUCUGUUUGUCACAUCUACUGUAGUUCUCUUUUGUCUGUUUUUGUAUAUAAGAUAGCUUUCACACUCGGGGAUCACAAUCUGACGAGGGAUAUUAUGGCAGACUGAGAGAGGGUCUGUACCGUAAUAAAGUUUUAGUCUGGGAUCCAUCCGCCCGAAGUUAAAGAUCCUCUCUUCUGCAUCAGACCGCCGAAACCGGUAUUUCGACGCAUCAUGGUUCAGGG